CAGAAAGCGCCCAGAGCUGCUGCGGGAACAUCGCCGGCUCCUCCAUGGGCCGUGGGGGGCAAGGACAUCUCGACGCCUCUCCUGCCGCUUCUCUGUGACCCCCUGAAAGAAAGCUCCCGCCACCCAGCCAGGCUGUGCCCAUCAGGCCUGAUGCCUCAAAAGAAGCCCCAGGCAGGCCAAGGCUAGAUCCCAACACCAUGUUUGAGCUCGAGCUCUCGGCAGAAGCAUGCGAGGAGAAGGCAGCGGCUGUGCUCCCAGCCACCUGCCUCCAACAUCUGGACAGCAGCCUCUGGAAGGAGAGGUUGUCCAGCCUGGAAGCCUUUGAGAAGGCUGUGGAAGAGAUGGAGAGAAGCACUGUGCCCUGCCAAGCCCUGGUGAGGCUGCUGGUGAAGGACCCCGGGUGGAAGGAAACCAAGCUGCAAGUGGUGAGGAAGAAGCUUCACCUCGUCACCCUCAUCGCCCAGAGGGGGAACUUCUCCAGGGCUUCUGCCCACAUCGUCCUGGACGGCCUCGUGGACCAGCUGGGAGAUGUGAUAUGCAGCCACGAGGCAAAGAGCGCCCUGACGGCGGUGGCCGAGGCGUGCUCCCUGCCCUGGACGGCGGGGAAGGUCGUGGAUUUGGCCUUCUUGCAGGAGAAGCCCCGGACGCAGGCUGAAGCCCUGAGCUGGCUGGCGAAUGCGAUUCUGGAGUUUGGUUUUGCGGAGAUGGAAGUCAAAACCCUGGCUGAUACCAUCAAAGCGGCCCUCGCUGCCGUCCACCCGGAUGUACGGACGUCCGCCCUCACCUUGCUGGGGGUCGUCUCCCUCUAUGUGGGGGCCCCCGUGCGGGCCCUGUUCGAGGGGGAGAAGCCGCCCCUGCUCUCGCUGAUAGACGCAGAGUUGCAGAAGGUGCAAGGGCAGAGCCCGCCGGCUCCAACCCGCGGCAGCUCCCAGCCCGGCAGGGAGGAGGGGAUGGGAGGGGACGCGGGGGACUGCGGCAAGGUCGAGGCGGUAGACGUCCACACUAGGAUCCCCUCCGAGCUGGUGCAGAAAAUGUGGGAUGGGAAGAUGCGGAAGGAAGGGCUGGAUGAGGUAGCAGGCCUCCUUCUCAAGGCUGGGACCAUCCACUCCAGCCUCGGCGAGCUCCCGGCCGCCCUCAGGGCCUGUCUGCAUGACGCUGACCCCGCCGUGGUGGAGAAGACCCUGCAAAUCCUCCGGCAGCUGGCCACGGCCGCAGGCCCAGGCCUCAAGCAGCACGUGAAAGACCUGGGCGUCCCCCUCUUUGCCACGCUCUGGCACAGCCAGGGCCCCGUGAGAGCUGCCGCCUUGGAGGCUGUGAAUGCCUGGGCCGAGCAGACCAGCCUGCAGGAGUGGCUGGAUGGGGAGGACUUUUUGGAGGGGAUGCGAAAGGAAACCCCCCUUGCAAAGCAGGAGCCAUGGGAGAAGCCACCUGGGCUCUGCUCUGCCCCCUCAGAGCUGUUGCUGGCGUGCGUCCCUCACCUCUACGCCUGCCUGGAGGAUUGCAAUGCCGGCAUGAGAGCAGCCGCCCAGGGAGCCCUGCCUUUCUUUGUCAUGCACCUGGGGACAGAGAAAAUGGCCGAGGCCACCAGCACGCUGAAGCCGAGGGAGAAGUACCUCGUGCCGACUGAGCCGGAGAGAGCCAAAACCAAACCUUGCGCGCCUUCUCAAUCCCUCUCCAACCUGCCAAGGGCUGCAGCUGGGUCUGCCUCAGACUCAAGCCGCGCCACGCCUCCCUCAAUGCCAGCCUGCCCGGCUCAAGACCAAGCAUCCAGCAGCCCCGUGGACCAGAAACCUGGCCCUGAAGAAGCCAAAACAGCAGGGUCGAUGACCCAAGGCACGGCAAAGGUGAAGCCGGACCUGAAGGAGGGUGGCAGCCAGUUGGGGCCCAUCUUCAUCCUUGUCCCCAAGGGGAAGGAGCAGAGGGUGAAGGACGAGCAGGGCCACAAAGUGCUGAGGUGGGAUUUCAAGGCACCCAGCAGCAAGUACGUGGAGCAGCUGAAGGCCCAGAUGGGCAGCUGCGUGUCCAGCUGCCUGCAGGAGGAGAUGUUCCACUCCAGCUUCCAGCACCACAUCAAGGCCUUGGCCAUCAUGGUCAAGCACCUGGAGAGGGAGAAGGACGCGGUGAUUAGCUGCCUGGACCUGAUCCUGAAGUGGCUCACCCUGCGGUUCUUCGACUCCAACACGUGGGUCCUGACCAAGAGCCUGGAGUACCUCCGGCGGCUCUUCGCCUUGCUGAGCCGGGAGAAGUACCAGCUGACAGAGAACGAGGCACGUGCCUUCCUCCCGUACCUCAUCCUGAAGAUGGGGGAGUUGCAGGAGGCCAUCUUCAAGGAAAUGCAUGCCGUCCUGAAGAGGCUAUGCUUGGUCUACCCAGCCAGCAAGGUCGCCAGCUUCAUCCUGGAAGGGGCCAAGUCCAAGAGUGCCCAGCAGCAGGCGAGAUGCCUGGAAGAGCUUGGCUAUUUAGUGGGGGUUUAUGGCAUCCACGUGUGCCAGCCCCACCCAGGCAAAGCCUUAAGGAUGAUCGCUGCCCUCCUCAGAGCCCAAAAUCACACCGUCCGCCAGGCCGCUUGCAACGUCAUCGUGACCGCGAGCAACGUCUAUGGGAAAGAGGUGUUCAAGCUGAUCGGGACUCUUUCGGAGAAACAGAUGAAGAUGUUGCAGGGGAGCCUGACCCCGAGAGCUAAUGGGGCAGCUCAGCUGGCCAGAGGGAACCGUUUGCCAGGUCCGAGAUCGAGUCCCCAUGUCUGCACGGGGGCAGAAGAGACCCUGCCCCCCAAUCUCAGUCACACUCUCGGCAUGGGCAUGGGCUUGGAGGGGGAGCCUCCAGCUCCUCAGGCUUUCCAGCUGGAUGCAGAUGGGUCAGAGGAUGUGCCUGGCAUGGUGCAGGGUGAGAUCCCCAAGCUGGAUGGCAUCCCCAGCUCACAAGCCCAAGCGGUGCCCACUGAGAGCGUGCAGCAUGACAUGGCCAACCCCAUCGACCUCGUCAUCUACCACGUCGCCAGCAGCGAUGUCAACACCAGCCUCCAGGCUCUGAUGCAGAUGGAUGGGAUCCUGGGGCAGCCAGACAAGGUGGGAACCAUGCAGGGCCAUGUCAACCAGUUCCUCGAAGCCACCCUCUGGCAGCUCCAGUUCAUCCAUAGCCUCCAGGGACCCAAGAAGGAGCUGGGCCCGGGCAGGUACCCCAUCAUCCGGCUGUACCGCAGCAUCCUCAGCAACCUGCUGUCGCUCUUCCAGAGGGAGAGCCUGGCUCGCGAGGCCUCGGCGGCGGUGCUGACAGACCUGCUGCGCAGCCUCAUCGCCUUCCUGCUGGGUUCCCAAAUGCAGGCCCCGGAGGAGGAGCAGGAGGUCACGCAGUCCCUCAACCUCCUCCUGAAGAAGGUGCUGGAGACGUCAGACCAGACCCGAGCCUUCACGGCCGUGCUCACCCUGCUCCGGGAGAGCCUGGAGGCUGCGGGCGGCACCCCACAGCUCCCCGACCUGGUGGCGAAGUGUUUGUGGAGGAUCACCCGGCUCCUGCCACGCACCCUCAGCAGCCUCCACCUGGACCACGUGCUGCUGGACCUGCACACCUUCCUGCGGGCCUUCCCUACCGAGGCGCUGAAGCAGUGCGCCAGCAAGCUGCCCCUGCAGGCCCUGAAGACGCUGCUGCACACCCUGUGCGAGCUGAAGGGAGCCGAGACCCUGGACCACCUCACGCUGAUCGGGAACAAGGCUGAAUCGGAGCUGGAGGCCCACCUGAGGACGGCGGCCGAGCCCCUUGCCAAGCAGGCACCCAGCGAACCGGAUCCAGGGGUGGGGAACGGGGAUGCCCAUGUGGCUGCCAAGGGCAAAAUCGAGGAUGUCUUGGAGGGGAUCUUCCAGAAGAUUGGCUCCAAGGAGAGCACCAGGGAGGGCCUGGAGGAGCUGUACGAGUACAAGCGGCAGUGCCCCGAGGCCGACUUGGAGCCCUUCCUGCAGAGCCUUUCCCUCUUCUCCCGCAGCUACAUCAAGCAAGGCUUAGCAAUGAUCCAGGUGGAGAAGGAAGGCAGACCACACACGCUGCCCCGUCAGACAACAGGCACCAGAACAACGCCCAUCCCGAGAUGGGAGGUGGGGCUGUCUCCUCCCUUGGACACGCUGAAACCCCCCCGCCAGGGACGGGGCCCCAGCAGCAUGAAGCCCCCCAGCCGGCUACCCACAAAGCCCCCGGGAAAGCAGUGCAGCAGGCUCCCCAGGUACACCAAGAUCCCGGGGCAGAAAGAGCCGCCUGGUUCCAGGCCGAGGUGCAUGCUUCAUCACUAGCCUCCGCUCCCUCCUCGGCCUCAGCAAAUCCAGCUGGAGCAAGAAACAAAGCAAUAAAAACAGCUACCUAGAACCCAUAACGCACGCCGGUGAGAUGGUUGCACCAGAGGCAGCAGAGGGGAAGGGGCAGAUGAAGCUUGGGUGGCAACCAGCUGGAGCCCAUCUUAAUCCUCGUCCCCAAGGGGAAGGGAAAGGAGCUCCAGCUGGCUCAAUCAGGAGUCUCCCGGGGUCAAGUGGCCUGGUUGAAAGCCUAGAGUUGAGCCCCAAGUUAGCAUUGAGGCGGGCAAGCAGGGGAAGCACUGGGGAGGCCGUAGCAGCGAGGCUCCC